AUGGUAGCUACCGGUGCUAUAUCACUGUUCCUGUCGGUGGCACUGUUUAUGUUGCAAAACUAUAUGCGCCACCAAUCUAUUAUUACCGAUGAUCAUCUUAUACAGUCGGCAUACGAUUUUAUUGUUGUCGGUUCGGGAUCAGCCGGUUCGAUAGUGGCCAGCCGUUUGGCCGAAUCUGGCCAGGUCCGGGUACUGUUGCUGGAAGCUGGCGAAAUUGCCGGCGGCAAUACAGACAUACCGGGCGCCUAUUGGCUGUUUUUCAACUCCCGUAUCGACUGGAACUAUACGCACGACGAGGGACCAGUAGGUAUAGGAUUUCGUCACCGGCGGAUACCGGAGAAAAAAGGUCGGGUCAUCGGCGGCAGCGGUUCGAUCAAUACAUUGAUCUACAAUCGCGGUCAUCGGCGCUGUUUCGACGACUGGGCCCAACUGUUUGGCGCAAACGGCUGGACCUACAAGGAAGUGUUGCCGCUGUUCAAACUAUGGGAAAAUCAAACCGAUCCCCUAUUGGUGGCCAACGGCUAUCACGGUACUAGUGGACCCAUACAGGUUACUACUUGGCAAAAACCGGCACCGAUUAUGCUAUUGCAUCAGCAGGCGGUCAACGAAAUGGGCUUCAAAACAGUGGACAUCAACGGUCCGGAACAGUUUGGUACAAUGUUAGGCCAGGCCUAUAUCGGUACCGACGGUGUUCGCCAGAGUUCGGCCAACGGCUAUAUCGACCCGAAUCCCUAUCCACACAAUCUACAUAUACUGGCCAAUGCGUACGUCACGCGCAUACUGUUUGAGGAUAAACGUGCGGUCGGUGUCCAGUAUGUGCGGAACGGAUUGAAACAAACUGUUUUUGCUAAACGUGAGGUCAUUGUGCCAUCCAAACGCCAAAAUUAUUGA